AUGUCUAUCCCUACCAAAGGAGAUAUCCUCUCUGUGCCCGCCUACACUUCGGAUGCUGAGCAGAACACUGUAGAGAUCUCAUGGUCCCAGAUGUUCCGCACUCGUACUGCUCGCUACUACGUCGUCAACGCCCAGAAUCAAUCUAAGGGCAAUGCCGAUGUUUUGAUGUACAUUCAGGACCGCUACUACAAGGAUUCCAACAGUAAUGAGUAUAUUGGAAAGCUUCCUGGUGCUCGACAGGAGGGCAACUCCUGGGUCGUGAGCAUCACCGAUCGCUUCCAGUAUGGUGAGAAGAACAGAAAUGGAGAUGGUCGCUGGGUUGCUCUUCACGAUAAGGACAACAAGCCCUUCCAGCACCGAUUUAUGGUCGUUACUACUCUAGCACAGCAUCUUUCAGCGGUUGCCAAACACUUGGCUGGGGAGAUUGGUGCUGGGGAAAUUGCUGAGAAGGUACACAAGCUUGGUGGCGGCUACAUUGGUGACUAUCUUCGCACCUUCUAA